GACAGUUCGGGGCAGUGUAUGCAAAGAUUAACCAAAUUUUAUCCAUCUAAAUGUUUCUCAGUCCGAGAAGGUUCAAAGCUUUUUGUUGUUAAAGACCCUGAUUUUAUAGUAAUAGUUAAUGUGAUAGUCCUUGUUUAGUCCUGGACGGCAAGAGCCUGGUAAUGAAUCUGCCUUAUGUCUUUCCCGCCGUUAUUCAAAUCAAGUACACAAGCUUGUGUAGUUGCAGUGAACAAAACGAAUUUUUAGCGACAUUGUCCCUCAUAAUAACCACCGGAUUUCGCUAUUCGCGAGAUGGACGACCACGCAAAUGCUGUCUUGAAGGAGUUACACUCCCUCCAGUUGCCUUGGGACGAGGUUCUGCCUCAAUCACAUGUAGAUUGGCUAGAUGUGUUCAGCAAUGCCCACAGUGUUGUAAAAGAGAUAAUGUUUCCAGCUAUAUUGACUGGAAUUUCCGGAGUAAUGGCUCCAAGAACGACCAUCAAACUAUCAGAAAAUGAGUACGAGCCAGUUAAUCUCUUCACUGUUAUUUUGGCCCCGCCAGGCGCGGGAAAGACGGCAGCAAUGAAAGCAGCCAUUGAUAAGCCACUAAGUGCUUUAGAUGAGAGCUGCGAGGCACCUAUUCUUAUUGAGGACUUUUCAAAGUCCGGCCUUUUUAACCACCUUAAAGACACAGACGGGAUGGGAGUCCUCUGUAAGGAUGAAAUUCACAUCCUUAUAAAGGAGUUGCUUAGCGGGAAAAAGAAGGAGCUUGAUAAAGACAUAUUUAUUAAGUUAUUUGACAAUGGUUCUUGGACUGUAAAUAAAGGCAACUCGGCAAAAAGGCUUCGCCUACCCCGUGUCGCUCUGGCAAUGAUCGGCUUCAGUCAGCCAUGCAGCUUUUUUGAGCUCUACGCCAAAAUGGCAGCCGUGGGCAACGGGUUUGUUGACCGUAUUCUGUGUUGUUGUCCUCUUCCCAAACGUCUAAGCUGUACCGAUCGUAUUAGAGCGGUGGCUUCCCUGCAACGGAAGUUUGAGACGAUGCAAAGUCUCGAGAACGUUUACCAAUAUAUUUAUAGCCGCCACAACAUCAAUCAGGAAAAAGUAUUCACGCUAAGCCAGGAGGCGUUCCAGUAUUUUGUUCAAGAAGAACAAAAGUUCGUAGAUGCGCUGAAUGCGAUCUUUGCCUGUGAGACGGUACAAGAGACGCCCACUAAUAUAUCUAAGGCUUCAAAACUCGUGCUAAGGAUUGCAGCAUCUUUGCAUGUGUUUGUCGACAGACUGUCGCAAGCCCUUGAAGAAAUCCCGGCAAGAGACACACCAACUGUGAUAGAGCUCCCGGAAAUGAAGCGGGCAUUUGCCCUUGGCAAAUGGUUUAUGGACAGCCGGUACAUUCUUGAAAAGUUGAUCAAAGGCAAGACAAAGAAUAAUGUCUUAUCUGUACAAAAUAAGAUGAUCCAAGGCAAGUCAACAAAUGGUGUCCCUUUACAAAAAAGUGUCCUUUCAGUGGAUGGACCAUUUGUUACAUUUCGCAUGGCAUGUCGAGCUUCCCAUGCCCACAAGCCGGAAGUCCGCGAAGCAAUGAAAAAGCUGGAAGAGCAGGGCCUUGGGUCACUUAACGAGGUCAAGAAAGUAUUUUAUAAAGCUUUCCCUUCAGCCCUAGAAAAUCUUAAGGGUCAACUCAAACUCUAUGGAGUUGAGUUUGCUGAUUAUGAUUCAACAUUUCGCGUUAAAAAUUCGUCCCUUACGGCGGCCCAAUGGAAGACCCUAAGGGCCAAUUCUCCAGACAGAGCGGGAUGUCAAAGGUACUUCUUAGAUUCGAAUGCUUCAACAGCAACACUUGAGUUAAAGUGUUUUGGGAGGGUUUAAGGUGGCCACCCCUUCUGAAUAUGUUUGAAAUCGCUAAGCCACAUUACUAUUUAGGGAAAUGGUAAAAAAAAAACUUCCUUAAUAGUUCCGACACGCCCAAUUUUAAUUGAGUGGUGGGUGCGAAAUUUUAGGUAAAUAAAGGAAUGGACCAACCAUUUAGUUGUGGCGAGAUUAACCGAAAACUUCAAUCUAUAAAAACGGAGGUGCUUGUCAUGGUAACCGAUGAACAAUUUUUUUUCAUUUAAAUUCCAACGGUAUAUGAACGAGUGGACUGUACCAUUGAAAAUCUAAUUUUUUGCCUUUUUGACGACCAACGGUAAGCACCCUGGCAACCCCAGAUCAGGCUCUGCCGAGAAAUUAAGCUCUGAAAAUGGUGGAGGUACAUGCAAGACCUCCCUGAUAACAUUGGGCACGACGGAAGUAGGGAUGAUUUAACCUCUUUCCUUAAAGGUUUUAAAUACUUUGGCCCAGAUCAAGACAGCAAUAGGCUUACUUAGAGUACUUAGGGAUGCUGAGAGAAAUGUAGAAGAAUAAUGGGGGAGCGCAGCCUAGUCCCAGGCGUUCUUGGCGGGUUUCCUGUGCUCGGAGAUGAACCGUGAGGUAGCCUGAGGGCUGGGACGAGCUCCGAUGGUUUUCUUUUGACGUCAAAACUCUUACCAUCCACAGGAAACCCAACCACAGGGAACCCGAUAAGGACCCCUGGAACUAGGCUGGGGGGCGCGGUCUCCCACAGCAAUAUAAAGACGUUUUAGAAAGGUACCUAUGCACUUAAACACAACCGCACCAGCGGAAAACGAUUUGGGAUUAGUUUUCGAUGUUAAUUUAUUGCAAAUAAUAUCCUUGAGUUCUAGUUUUGAAAAGUUGAAAAUAAAGUUUUGAAAAGUUAAAA